AUGUCCUUCCUGAUUGCCAUUCAGGAGAUCAAUCGGAAUCCCAGGAUCUUGCCCAACAUCUCUCUGGGCUACGACAUCUACGACAACUAUUUCGAUGCAAGGCUGACUUACGAUGGCAUGUUGGACCUGCUCUUCCUGGGGAAGGAGAAUAUUCCAAACUACCACUGUGGAGAUGCAGAGAAUUGUGACAAAUGCCCAGACAACCAGCAUCCAAACAAGGACCAAACUCGAUGUGUCCCAAAGGCCAUAACCUUCCUCUCCUAUGAAGAACCUUUGGGGAUCAGCCUAGCUGUUUUCCCUCUCUUCUUGUCCCUAAUCACUAGUUCUGUUUUAGGACUCUUCAUUAAAUUCCUGGACACCCCUGUAGUCAAAGCCAACAACAGAGAUCUCACUUACAUUCUCCUUGUUUCCCUCCUGCUUUCCUUUCUGUCCUGCUUUUUAUUCAUCGGCCAGCCAAGGAAGGUGACCUGCCUCCUCCGACAAACUGCCUUCAGCAUCAUCUUCUCGGUUGCGGUCUCUUCUGUGCUGGCCAAAACAAUCACUGUGGUGGUGGCCUUCAUGGCCACCAAGCCUGGGAACAGGAUGAGGAAAUGGCUGGGGAAGAGUCUGGCCAACUCCAUUGUCAUUUCUUGUUCUGCUGUCCAAAUUGUCCUCUGUGCCCUCUGGCUGGGAAUCUCCCCUCCCUUCCCAGACUCUGACAUGCACUCUCAGCCAGGCCAGAUCACAUUGCAAUGCAACGAAGGGUCUCUCGCCAUGUUUUAUGGUGCCCUGGGAUAUAUGGGCCUCCUGGCUGCUGUCUCUUUCAUGGUGGCUUUUCUGGCCAGGAAGCUGCCCGGGGCCUUCAAUGAAGCCAAGCUGAUCACCUUCAGCAUGCUGGUGUUUUGCAGUGUCUGGGUGUCCUUCGUGCCCACCUACCUGAGCACGAAGGGGAAAUACAUGGUGGCCGUGCAGAUCUUCUCCAUCUUGGCCUCCAGUGCUGGCUUGGUGGGCUGCAUUUUCUUUCCCAAAUGCUACAUUAUCAUCAUGAGGCCUAACCUUAAUACCAAGGAGCAUUUAAUGAGAAAAGUGAACCAAUUCCAUUGA